CCAGCGACAGUUGUUCGUGGACCUCGAAGGACGAAAGAGGUCGAAGAGGGCAUUUCCGCCUCCUCCUCCUCUCCUCCUCCUUUAUUAAUACUCUCUCUAUAUCUAUCUUUCUCUUUCUAUUUAUCUUUUUUUUUCUCUCUUUUUUUUCCUUUCUGUCUUAACUUUUUUUUUUUCACUUGGUCACGUUCUACGUUCGGUUGGCACACUACAACAGUCAGUCGUGCGGCGCUCGCGAGAUCACGAAAAAAAAAAAAAAAAUUUUUUUUUGUAAUUGUGUGCCCAGAUUUGAAUACUGAAGGUCGAAGGAUGCGACGUUAUCACCUCUUAGGGAUUUUUCUGCUCUGCUGUCUUCGAGAGUACGUAGCUGGCGCGUGUCCUCGGAUUUGUCCGCCUGGUGGUGAACCGGUAUGUGGAAACGACGGUGUCAUCUACGCAUCGCAAUGCGAAAUGAGGAAGAAGAUGUGCGGAAAAGGUGUCACGUUGGCGACAGAAAAAACGGCAUGUCUAAGAUCGACAGGUAGCAAAUGUGAGCAUCGUUGUCCAAAUGAUCAGGAUCCAGUUUGUGGAACGGAUGGACGAACUUAUCUCAAUAAAUGCAUGUUGAGAGUGGAAAUUUGUCGAGUGGGAAUUGAACUCUCUCAUCUUGGACCAUGUAAUAAUAUUUCAGCACAUAGGGAGAAUUGUCCAGUUUCCUGUGAAUUUGCUCCUGUAGAUGGACCAGUUUGCGGAAGCGAUGGAAAUGUCUACAAAUCCACCUGUCAAAUGAAGCUGCUCACCUGCGGACAGGGCGUGGUACGAACGAAUAAGAAACAUUGUCAGACAACGAGGCAUUGCCGAGAAUCAUGCUGGCGAGGCGCCAAACCAGCCUGUGGAAGUGAUGGGAUUCUUUACUCAAACACUUGUAAAAUGAGGGCAAAGAACUGCGGAAAACAUGUAUUCGAAGUACCUAUGUCUUUCUGUGUGUCUCGGGAAAGAACUUCAGGAAGUGCAGCAACAGCUUGUCCUAUCGAUUGUAAAAAUGAAGCAGAAGUGUCUGUUUGCGGAUCAGACGGUCUUAUCUAUCGAAACGAAUGUGAAAUGCAGAUGCUUAAUUGCGGGCAAGCUAGAAGAAAAGUGAGCGUUGUUGAUUUCGAUAAGUGUAAAAAUCGUGUUACAAAGUGCAUGAAGCAACAAUCACGAUGUUCGAAUGAAGUAGAUCCGGUUUGCGGAAGCGACGCAAACACCUACUCAAAUCAGUGUCUUCUUAACGUUGCAUCUUGUCUAAAAGGAAUUCAAUUGGCGCAUGUUGGACAAUGUACGACCUUGAAAGAAACAGAACAGUGCCCUGAAGAUUGCAAUAAUGUGUCAGAAGAACCAGUUUGUGGAAGCGAUGGAAAUGUUUAUCGAUCCUUAUGUCAUCUACAGCGUGAGACUUGUGGUCAAAGAGUGGUUCAAGUUCCUGCUCAACAUUGCCGCACCACUGCUCUUUGUAACCAAAUCUGCAACGGGGAACGACAGUUUGCUUGCGGUUCCGACAAUAAAUUGUACCGCAAUGAAUGUGAGAUGAAAAGGGACAAUUGCGGGAAACACGUGUAUGUGGUGCCAAUACAGAGAUGCCUGCAAGGCUUCAUGUUUAGAGGAUGUCAAAAGAUUUGUCCAUCGUUUUAUGAUCCUGUUUGCGGAACAGACGACAAAACCUACAGCAAUGAAUGUUUACUUGAAAUUGAAACUUGUCGCACUAGAAAUCAUGUAACAAAGAAAUAUCUUGGAGUUUGCGGUCAGCCAAUUGAGGAGCCAAAAAAUUAUUUGUAUUAGAUUCGCCUGACUGAUUCUAAUAUCGUCUAAAAAGUUGUUUUGACCCACUCUGAAGCAACUUGAUUAAAAAAAAAAAAAAAAAAAAGAAAA